AUGAGCAGCAGCUCUAACUCUGUGGAACGGUUGAUUCUACAGUUUUCGGGACUUCGGGUAUCUAUUGAGCGGACCGAGGGUGCUGCUCCUGACCACGAUCCCUCGCCCACUGGAAGCUUUGUGCUGGUAGAAGCCGGGGCUGAAGCUUUGGACGGUUCCCAGGCCUCUUCUGGACCCCUUGCUCGGGAGACUAUCUCCCUGGCCCGGUCGGCUGUGGCAGCAGACCUGGCCUUCUUCGACGCCGACACUCCAGCUGCUUUGGGCGACUUGAGUUUGGGACCCCACCUCAGCUUUGCUAGAAACCUGGCUUCUUUGACUGGCUGGUCUCCUGAAGCGAGGGUGGCUCGGGCUUAUCGUGCGGGGCUCUCUGCGAGGGAGGUCCUUGGAGGUACCAAAGGACCGGCUUGGACGCUUGGAGCGGGCUGCGGUGUGCCACGCGUUUCCCUCGAGGGCGGAAGCUCAGGCUUUCGUGCAGGCUUCGGGGAAGCCAUGGCCGCAGGAGCUGUGAGGGGCGCUUUAAGCGCCAGGCAGAGGUCGAGGCGCUCAUGGAUGGAGCCUUUGCCUAUGUUCUAUUUCCUGGACAACCCCGAUGCACCGGCUUCACGGAUCACGGCUUUCCUGGUGCGCCUGCGGGCUGGUGGGAUGAUGCUGGCGCUGCCUGGCACGGACGAGGUGGGCCAGCUCCUUCACAGCUUAACGGAGGUAGGGGAUGCCUCUGCCCCUUUGCUGUACACCACCCUGAUGGUUGGCUGCGAGACUCCUCGGAGGCGUGCUGUAGGAGAGCUGGCCCUUCACUUCGUCGAUGCCCCUUGGUCUUGGCUGCACUACCUGCGGUCCGGGGCUGCUCUUCGGGGCAGCGACUUGAUCCUGAUCUCCAUCAAGGCGGGCUCUGUGGUGGUGCGACCGAACUGCGAUGCUGCACAGGCUGCUGCGGAUAUUUGGGUCGCCGCUGCCACCGAGGAUCCCGAGUUGCAGGAUUCUGGUCUGGGCGAGUACAUCACGGCUGCCGAGGACAUCGACGGCCUUCCGCUUACCGACGCGGCCCUACCUGGUGCCGAGGGCGACGACGAGGAGGCACCGAACCCUGGCGAGGUGGCACAACUUCGUGCUCGGCUUCAAGCCCUCGAGCUUGCUGCGAGUUCUGCUGCUCCCGCGGGCUCGGGGAUUGGCUCUUUGGUGGGCCGCGCGGGCGGGGCCCAGACACGGCGCGGCGCUCGAGACCUUUUCCCGGCCGGCCCUUCGGAAUCUAUCACCGAAGCAGAUCUGCGUGCCCUUCGAGAUGCUGCCGGCGCUGCUCCUCCACGACUGGCUCAGCACGAGCGGGCCCCUCGGUCCGCUGUUACCCGGGAGGCCGACGACGCCCUUGCCGAGAUCGAGGCUGGUGUGGCUUUGGACGAGGCGGGGGCUUCCUCAGGCGAUGCCGUUCUCCAGCGCCUUCUGGUGCAAACUCAGAUGCUUGCGAAGCUUUCGGCGGGCAAACCUCGGAGCCCCCUGGAGGCCGCUCUGGGCAAAGACGACGGCAACUUGAGCGCCAAAGGCUCUGCAGCGAGGGACGCUUUUGUGCGGCUCCUGAAGGACAACCAACUCGUUGCGGAUCAGAUUCGCAGGCUGGCUGCAGAGGAGCUGGGCGAGGACAUCGCCGCUCCCCCGCCGAACCUCAUGAGGACUUUUGUGGAAAAACGCAGCCCAGUUGGCGAGCUGAAAACUUUGGCCCUGGUCAGCACCUUCGCGGCGCACUCAUGGGAGGCCGCACGCUACAGCGGGAACAUCGAGAUGGAAGCCUGGGCCGCCCGGCUUUUGAUGUUUUCGGACCAAUGUGCCACCGAAGGUGGCAGGACGCAACUAGGCUGGUUGCUAACUGGCCUGCCCGAUCCAUCGUGGAGCACCCUAGUGCGCCGACGACAAGGCCUUCGCCCGUUUUCACGGCUGUGCCCGAGUCUGUGGUUAUCGGGAAAUGUUGCGUAUUUGAAAGAAAUGGAGUGGUUGGGCACGAGAAUGAGCUCUACUGGAGAUCAAGGCCGGGACCCUCCAAAGGACACAGCCGAGGCCGACGAGCAGCCCACGGGUCGCCCGCCACGACCCCACGAAUUCGUGGCCUACAGGUUUGCUCUCGGGCUCAGCUUCGAGGAAACACGCGUCUUCUUGGGCGCCGAUGUCGACGGCAUCGCUGGGCUGGUCUCAGUCUUCGUCGACGCGCGCCGGGUGCCUUCCAACAAGGUCUUUGCUUUGCACCGCGACUCUGUUAACGAGCUUCUGUGCCUUUGUGCUCUGGCCCCUCUUUUGCAAGCGGAUCUUCGAGUUUCUUAUCCCGGCGAGUUGUUCUGUAUGGAUGCUUCGCCCACGGGUGCGGGCUUGUGUUCUGCCAAAGUCCCGCCUCACGUGGUUCAGGAACUUUGGCGCCAUACCGAGCAAAAGGGGUUUUACACCAGACUACUUGAGCCCGCCUCGGCCUUGCUGUGUGACCUGGGCCUGAGCUCCGACCCGGGGGCUUCCUUUGUUGAAGGCCUUCACCCUGCUUCCGCGUCUCCUUUCGACCCGGAGCCCUUGCCCUUGCGUCCGCCUAAAACCGACGGUGCGAGCUUUGUGUGUCUUUUCUGCCAGCGCUGCAACUGGGCUGUGUCACACUCACGUGCUGGCUUGACUGACUUGGUUGAAACUGAGCCCUGGCUUCGCGACCUUCCGUUUGCUGCUCUUGGUCACCGUGCUACCUUCCACAGGCUUUGCCGCUUGGCUGUGAAUGGGCACGUGCAUGACUGGCACACCGCCCCUCCUUGGUGCAUGCUCGGGCGUUCUGCGGAGGACCCGGCCGGCCUACUUUCUCCCACUGCCGAGAUCGCCGCAGCUAACACUUUGGCCCGCCGUCUGUGCUUCGUGCUGUGUCUGGCGGCUGCCGCGGGCUCCUACGUCAGCGUCUCACAAGCUGUGCUGCCAAGGGCCGUUCCGCGAGCCCUGCUCUUUGCCGCGUUCUUCGUUCCACCGUGCCGUAUGUCCUCGGCUCAGGUCUCUAUCCCGGAGGUCUCCAUGUCUACUCAGCUCAAAACCGUAGUGACGGCCCUUCUCGCGGCCGCCCUCCUGCUCCCGCUUCUAAGCCUUGGCCUUCCUGGCUUCACUCUCUUGUUGCUGGGGAUCACCGUCCCUUUGACUUGGUUUGCGCCUCGGCCGCCGUUCCUCCUUCUUCUCGCCGGCGACGUCGAGCGAAACCCGGGCCCUUUUCACUCCGGCGCCCCUCGUGGUGCCCUUGACAUGCAGGGUGGUUUCGCCUCGUCCACCAAACAGAAGAUGGACAAGGCCCUCGGUGCUUUCGCUGUUUGGCUUCAGGUAAGUUUCGGUUUGGGACUUCAGGCUGUCCUUUCCUCUGCUUCUACUGCAGCCACUGCACUCCGUGCCUUCGGUCUCUACCUUUACUCCUCAGGUCAACCAAGGUACCUGCUUGUUUAUGCCAUCACUUCUGUGCAGGAUAGCCACCCAGAGUUUCGCUCUCAGCUCGCUCCUGCGUGGCAAGUCGACCGGAAAUGGCAACAAGUUGAGCCCGGUGAGUGCCGUCCUGUCAUCUCCCAGCCUAUCGUCCAGGCUUCUGUUGCUUUAGCUUUAUGCUGGGGGUGGUUUGACUGGGCCUGCCUUACCUUGAUAGGGUUUCUUUGCAUGCUUCACCCGGCUGAGAUGCUGUGCCUGCAACGCCAAGACCUUGUGUUUCCUGAGGAUGCUCUGUCCCCGGACCCUGUUGCGUAUGUUCACAUUCGCAACCCCAAGACGCAAAGAUUUGCCCGGCGACAACAUGCGCAUCUUGAGGACCCUUUGGUCCUGCAGCUGCUGAAGUUUCUUUACCUCGACCUUCCUCUUUCUUCCAAGCUGUUCCGCGGCUCCAUGCAUACUUACAGGCGUCAAUGGAACUCCGUUAUGUCUAGGCUUGGUGUGCCACACCGCCUCUCAGAUCGGGGCGCUACCCCUGGGGUCUUGCGAGGCUCAGGGGCAACCUUCCUUUACUUGGAGACGGAGGAUCUACCGCUUGUUGCCUGGCGUCGCCGGUGGAGUAAAACGAAGACCGUCGAGUUUUAUCUUCAGGAAGUUGCGGCCCAGUUGCUUUUGCAACGUCUUCCGCCAAGCGCCCGUGAGAGGAUCCGCUUGCUGAGCUCUUACUCCCGGGCCCUUAUCCUGCAUGUGUUGCACAAUGGUGGCAAGUAA